CGUGCCUUCAUUCUGCUUUUCGUAUCUAGCGAGUACAGUUUUUAAUCGAUUAGUGCGAGCUUGCGUUAAAAAAAUGCCGCGUAAAAGAGAUUCGGAAAAGAGUGUCAAAAAGCGGGAAUUAAGUGAUAUUUUGGAGGAAUUAGACGGGAUGAGGAAAAGAUUGAAAGAGGCUCUCUCCUCAUCUCCUCACCUACCCCAAGUAAGUACUUUAGAUCUACGUUAUUAAUAAAAAAAAAAAAAAAAAAAAAAAAAAAAAUGUUUACCCCAUAAUCAGUAAUUUUAUUAUGCCAAUAAAUGGUGAAGGGGCUUAGGGCCUAAUUUUGUUCAUUUCAUUACGGCAUUACAGGUAAAGAUAACAAUAUUAUAUUUUGGUUUACCAUUUUGCCGAGGGCAAACUCUAAUCUUCUUUUGAUAUUUUGCCGAGGGCAACAAAUUUUAGUCUUUAAAUUAGGCCAAGGACCAAUAUUAUAUUUUGAUUUACCAUUUUGCCGAGGGCAAACUACAAUCUUCUUUUAUUAUUUGGCCAAGGGCAACAAAUUUUAGUGCAAUUUGGGUCAAGGGCCAAAAAUUGGUAUUAUUUUUAUUUUAUUUUGUCUUUUUGUACCAAGGGUAUAAAAACGACAGGUUAUGUAAUCACAUCCCUAUUUACGCAUUUCCGCCGGGGUGGAUACCUUAUUAAAUUAAUCAUUGAAGGUGGCACACUCAGUACACAAUCUAAAUUAUGCGUCUAAUAAUCAAAAAUAAAAUAAACACAUUUGAGAGAUCUGUUCUGUUUAUAUUAACACCAUUAAAGUUUUUAUUAUGGGUUUAUACAUAAGACGCAAUUAAUAUGGUGUGACGGGCCUCUCUCUUGGUCAGCAGUUCUUAUAACCGAGGGUAAUUAAGGAUGUUGAAAGUUAAAAGGUUACAAAUAAAUUAUAUUUUGUUCUGUAAAUUUUCUUUUGGGGUCUCUCUAUUUAUGUAAAUGUAAGAUAAAAUUGGCAAGGUCAUUCAACACUACAACUAAUAAUGAUAAUCUAAAAUAAACAUUAUCAUUAUAUUAAUGUUGUCUUAAGAAGAUCCUCUAUUCCAGGUUCUUCUGGAGAGGAGGAAGAAAUAGUGUUUGUUAACGUGGGUGACACUAAGACAGAAGAUAAUACCGAUUUUAACAUGAACGACAACGCAGAUGAUGAACCACCUACCUACCUCGAGGAGGAAAAUGGUGAUCCUAUUUUGGAGGAUGAAUUUAAGCCGUUGGGAGCCAAACCUCCUAUGGAUGAUGCAAAACUGGGUGCUGAAUUACAUAACGAAAUAGCAAUAAGAUGGCAGUCAUAUUUAGUAAAAGGAAUAAGCUUAGAAGAACGUAAGAAAAUUAUUGAAAAGUACGAUUUACCAGCAAACUGUCAGCAAUUACUACCUCCAAAAGUCAAUGAAGAAAUUUUGGCCUGCCUUCCUGAUACAACAAACAAACAUGACAGGCUCCUAAAAUCCCUACAAUAUCAGUUGGGUCAUGGAUUAAGUGCAAUAGGAAAAGUAAUGGACCUGUUAUUAAAAGAGAAAAAUACAGAAAACCUGACUUGUUUAGCAGAUGGUGCACAACUUUUCGCAAACGUACAUAAUGCCAUUUCGGUGUUACGCAAACAAAAGAUUGCACCAUUUUUAAAUUCUGAGGCACAAGCCGUGGCCCUAUCCUCUUCCAUUGAUGAUAAACUGUUUGGUUCCAAUUUUGAAGAAACUCUAAAAGCUAAACAAAACUUAAAGAAAGCAUCUAUUGAGAUCAAAAAGAAACAAUUCUCAGGUCCACUUGCUCCCAAAGCCUCAACAUCGGGCCUCUCGACCUUUAACCUACCCAAACCUAUUCAAACAACUACCAGACGCUUCCAAACAAAUACAAAUUUAAUGAAUUUAAACUACCAGCGCGGAGUAUUCAGAUCCAGGAUGAAAGGAAGGGGAACACGUAUGGCAACAACGAGAAGACCGUACCAGACCAACCCUUACCGCAAAAACUAAACUUGACAACAGCAUCCGCUAUGCAAGGAGAUUUCCCUGGUGGCAGGGAAGUUAUACGGAGGGCUCUUAUGAAAAGAAGCGUUUCCGAAGCGGCUAUCCCGAUCAUGAUUUCCUCAAUUAGCGAGGGGACUCUUAAACAAUACUCUACCUGUUAUAAGAAAUUUUGGAGUUAUUGUAUUGGUAAUAAUAUCGAUAUGUUUUCAUAUAACCUGAAUACUUACUUAAAUUUCCUGUUAGAAGAGAUUAAUAAAAACCUUUCAUAUUCAUCUAAUAAUAUAUAUAGGUCAGCUCUUAAUUUAAUCUUUUCUGUGGAUAACAAGGACGAAAUUAUUAUAAAAAGAUUUAUAAAAGAUACUUACAACACUAUACCGCCUCAACCAAAAUAUGCUAUUACUUGGAGUUUAGAUCCAGUUCUAAAGUAUUUAGCUUCUCUUUUUCCACUGGAAAAUCUUAGUAUCGAUAAACUUACAAUAAAAUUGGUUACCCUUAUGGCUAUUACAACAGCUCACAGAGUUCAAACCCUAAGUAAAAUAACGUUAAAUAAUAUAUUUCGUUCCACGGACAAAAUCGAAAUAAGAAUUUCAGAAAAAAUUAAAACUUCAGGUCCAAACAAACUACAGCCUACCUUAGUUUUUCCAUAUUUCAAAGAAAAAUUAGAAAUUUGUGUAGCCACAACAAUAUACUUUUGUAUUCAAAAAACUUCCUUACAACGAGGCAAAAUUAAUAACAUUAUUCUAACACAUAAAAAACCAUUUCACGCUGCCUCGUGUCAAAGUAUCAGUAGAUGGAUAAAAGCAGGCCUUAAAAAUAGCGGCAUUAAUAUUGAACGGUUUUCAAGUCAUAGUGUAAGGCAUGCUUCGACCUCAUCAGCCCUUAGGUGUGGGGUCAAUGUAAAUACUAUAAAAAAUACCGCUGGCUGGAGUUUAGAAUCUGAGGUGUUUCUAAAAUUCUAUAACAGGCCUGUCGGUGAACCAAAUGAAAUUUUUGCUAAUACAAUUCUUAAAUUAGCAUUAGAGAAAUAACAAACUAUGUUAAAUACUACUAUUUUGUUUAGGGGUUAUGUUCGGUUUAUAUCUUAUAUUUUACAUUAUAUUCUGUAAUUACUUGUUAACCAUUAUACUAUAUAACGU